AUGGUCUGGCUUGCUGCUCUCGUCCUGCUCCCCCUGGUGUCGGCGCAGUCGCCCGUCUGGGGCCAAUGCGGCGGAACUGGCUGGACAGGCGCAACCACCUGUGCGUCCGGCUCCUGCUGCGUCUACUCGAACGAGUGGUAUUCGCAAUGCCAGCCCUGCAGUGGCAGCGGUAGCACUACCCUGACCACCACUACCACCUCCAAAGCAAGCUCAACCACCACUACGACCAAGGCUGCUACCUCAAGCACCUGCGCCCUCCCGUCCAAAUACACCUGGACCUCCACCGGCCCCCUCGCCAACCCCAAAUCCGGCUAUGUCUCCCUCAAGGACUUCACCCACGUCCCCUACAACGGCCAGCACCUCGUCUACGCCUCGGACGUCAACUCCGCCGGCAGCUACGGCUCGAUGAGCAUCGGUCCCUUCGCCGACUGGUCCGCCAUGUCCUCCGCCAGCCAGAACACCAUGUCCUCCGGCACCGUCGCCCCGCAGCUCUUCUACUUCCGCCCCAAAAGCACCUGGGUGCUCGCCUAUCAAUGGGGCGCCACUGCUUUCUCCUACCGGACCUCGUCAGACCCGACGAAUGCUAAUGGCUGGUCCUCGGCGCAGCCGCUGUACUCGGGCACCCUGUCGUCGUCCAGCACGGGCCCCAUCGACCUGACCCUCAUCGGCGACGACACAACCAUGUAUCUCUUCUUCGCCGGCGACAACGGCAACAUCUACCGCGCCUCCAUGCCCAUCGGCAACUUCCCGGGCAACUUCGGCUCCUCUGCUACUGUCGUGCUCUCCGACUCGCAGUAUAAGCUCUUCGAGGCGGUCCAGGUCUACCGCGUGCAGGGCCAGCAGCUGUACCUGAUGAUCGUCGAGGCGAUUGGCUCCAACGGCCGCUACUUCCGCUCGUUCACGGCGACCAGUCUGGGCGGCGCGUGGACGGCGCAGGCGACGACGGAGGCCGCCCCGUUCGCGGGUAAGGCGAACAGCGGUGCGACGUGGACAAACGAUAUUAGCCAUGGGGAUUUGAUUCGGAGUACCGCGGACGAGACCAUGCCCGUGGAUCCGUGCAAUCUGCAGUUCCUGUACCAGGGCCGCGAUCCGAGCCAGAACCCGGAUUAUAAUCUGCUGCCGUAUCGGCCGGGAUUGUUGACGCUGAAGCGGUAG